AGUAGCAGCAGGGGGAGGGUGUUUGAACUCUCAGUAGCUGUCAGGAUCUUGGACUGCCGCUCUCCGCCUGAGCUUAGCUCUCCCUGGCUGCAUACACACACACACACACCGCGGAGUGAGCCGACGAAUGGACUUGUUUCCACACACCGGGCGUGUGGAGCUGCAGCAGCACUGAAGACAAGCCAAACACAAGCUGCACACAGCGCCAUACAUGGAGCAAACUUUAACUCUCAACUCUUCGGCUGCUUCCUCAGAAGGUGACCAUGGUGGUGGUGUGCAGCUCCAGGGCUGCUGCAGCCAGAGCAGUCUGAACAGCAACGGCAGUCUGCCCGGCGCCGGCAGCCACAGGAGGCUGUCAGAGCGCCGGGUGGCCAGCUGGGCCGCCUGCUUCGAGCGCCUGCUCCAGGACCCCAUUGGCGUCCGCUACUUCUCAGAAUUCCUCAAGAAGGAAUUCAGUGAGGAGAAUAUCUUGUUCUGGCAGGGCUGUGAAUACUUCAGUCAUAUACCCGCAACGGACAAAAAGCAGCUAUCCCAGAGGGCAGGGGAGAUCUACAACAGCUUCCUGUCCAGUAAAGCCACUACUCCGGUCAACAUCGACAGUCAGGCCCAACUGGCCGACGACGUCCUCACCUCCCCAUGUCCAAACAUGUUCAAGGCUCAGCAGUUACAAAUCUUCAACCUGAUGAAGUUUGACAGCUACUCCAGGUUCCUCAAGUCUGGCCUGUAUCAGGAGUGCAUGCUGGCCGAGGUGGAGGGACGACCUUUACCUGACCCCUACCAGAUCCCCUGUAGCCCCGCCCCCUCCAAGCACAGCGCCAGCUCCUCUCUCUCCCUCUCCACGCCCAUAAAGGAGGCCAGGAAGCAGAGAUCAGGAAGGUCACUUAAUGAGGACCCCGGAGACGAGCAUGAUGAGCAUAAGAAACGGGGCACCUUCUUUUCUUGGUCCCGGAACCGGAGCUUCGGAAAGGGACCCAAGAAAAAGGACAUUGGCGAAAUCAACCUCGAUUCCUGGAGCAGCAACGGUCGGAGGGAAUCACAAGGCUCCUUGUCCUCAGGUGCCAGUCUGGAGCUGGCCACUUCCUGUUCAGCGGGCAAGAUGGAGGGGGACAACCGUCACUCAGUGCCGGUGUGGGACAGGUUGUCCUCCGCCAAGCACUGCAAUGUGACCUUGCCGGAUGGCUCGUGCUCCUCUGUGACUCUGCGGCCGGGAGCCACCAUCAGGGAGGUGCUCCGGGUCCUCUGUCAGAAACUCUGCAUCAAUAUGGUCGCCGUCGACCUCUUCCUGGUGGGAGGAGAGAAGCCUUUAGUGCUGGACCAAGAUUGCAUGACCCUCAGCUCACGGGAACUCAGAAUGGAAAAGCGCACCCUUUUCAGGCUGGACCUGGUACCCAUUAAUCGGUCCGUAGGCUUGAAGGCCAAACCCACCAAACCCGUCACCGAGGUCCUGCGCCCUGUCGUGGCGAAGUAUGGCCUCCACCUCAACGAUCUGGUGGCCAAAAUAAGUGGAGAAACGGAGCCUUUAGACCUAGGGGCGCCAAUAUCCAGCCUCGACGGCCUGCGCAUAGUGCUGGAAAGAGCGGAUCCCUCUGCUUCAGGGAAAGAUUCCAAGACCAAGUCAGCCUCCUUGAAAGCCCAUCUGCCAUCUUUGACCAGCAGGAGUCUUUCAGCAACAGGAGAUGACAGGUCAUCAGGAAAGGCAAGCGGACCAGAGCCGUCGCUCCCUACGGAAAAGAGAAAACCGAAAAAGAUUAAUAUAGAUGAAGCUGAAGAAUUCUUCGAGCUCCUGAGCCGGGCACAGAGCAGCCGGAGAAAUGCCCAGAGAGGCCUCCUUAACAAAGAGGACCUGGAGUUACCUGACUUCCUGCGGUUAACCACCUGCUCCCCCUCCAUUGCCUCCCUAGACGCGACUUGCUCCACCCCCACCUCCAUCAAACAGGGCCAGGGGGCAGGCAGGGUGAACGGGGUGGGCGGCACCCCCGCCCGCGGUCCCCUCAACGCCAGCCUGCGCUCCGAGAGCCUGGACUCCUCCCUCAGCAGCGCCAACGGACACUCCCACUCCGCUGCGGGGCGCAGGGCACUGCCCCUAGCCCGCCACCCCAUACCCACCUUCGGUGCCACCCUCUCCCCCAUCCCCCGCCUCUUGGACGCUAGAGGCCCAGGCCUCAGAACGCUGGAGGAAGACACCCAUGCUGACCUGACCCUGGUGGGAGAGGGGGACAUCAACAGCCCCAACAGCACCCUUCUGCCCCCCUCACCGCUGCCGCUGUCCCACGAGGGUAGCCUGCCCGAGGCUAACUUCACCCCUCCUGCGCCCUGCGCCCAAACCUCCCAGGAUGGAUGUGGGGAUGGUCAGUCCAGCUCAGGUAUUUCCACAUUGUGACUAUGCAUUAGCGUGUUGGUGUGUGUGUGUGUGUAUGUGUUUGUAUAUGUGUGAGAGACGGAGAGUGUGUGAUCGUGUGUGUCUGAGGGAUGACCUGACUUCCAAUGACAACAAAUUUUAUACUGACUUCAAUGCACUUUAUGUACAACUGCUCUCUCAGUUGUACCCCAAUAAUUUUUACUCCUUUGAAUACUUUCUAAUGAACAUAGAUAGCAUUGUUUGUGGUCACUUUCAAUAGUAAGUUGAGUUCAAUUGUAAAUAGUGAUGUAUAUAUUUAGAAAUGAAUUACAUUUACAUUCGCAUACCACUGAACUGAUGGGUUUUACAACCUAACUGAAAUUUGAGGUGAUAGUCAACUGUAGAAAGAUUCUUAUUGUUGUACCACAGAGUAUAUGAGGAUACAGAUUUGACCCAGGUGAAUAAACUCAUUAUACAUUCAUAAUGCUUUAAUGGUCAACAUACCAAAUGUCAUUACAAUCCAUGAAAAAUAGUCCUACUAUAAUUUGACAGCAACCAAUUGUAGCAAGCUACAAUUACCAUGCAGGUGUGAAUUGUUUGGUUUGAUUGAUUGUAAUAGAAAACCUGAAAGAUUGCCAUGAGUCACAGCCAGCAUUCAUGUCAAUCAAUAAAAGCUCUAUGCUUGCAUUGUGAGUUUAUAAUUGGUGUGUAGUUCUCUGCCCAGUACACAGCUACAGACAAGAUAAAACGUAACCAAAGAGUUAUGAAAUUGUUAUUUGAAAAGAUGACCAUGUCACAAUACCUGUACAUUGUAUUAUUUGUAUUGAAUUAUUUGAAUUGAAAAGCUGUAUUUUCUUCCAUCCCACCCUCUAAUGCAAUGCAAUUCAACAAUGCUAAUAAGUAUUUCACUCUGGUUUUAAAAUUCAAUUAAAUAUAUAGAGAAAGAAAACUAAAAUAGUUUUUUUUCCUUCACAAAAUUGUGAUAAUUAUAGUCAGUGAUGAUAGAGCUAGUUUAACAUGAAUGGUAUCAUUGUUGAAUUGCAUGUCACACUCUGUCUGGAAUCAUCCUUUCCC